UUGCGUCAGCGUCUCUAGCGACAUAGCCAGCUAUUACUUAUUUCUAUCAGUCAAGCAAUUCUCGUUGUCCAUGCCCUGGGUUCCACUUCCUAGAUCUAGUUUAGUUUCGUUUCUCUCUCUGGAUUACAGGCGUAGCUGCUUAUAUUCGCAGUCAAUUCGUAGUCACCUCAGUGGGGAAAGUUUGCAUAACCUAUACGUGUUCUUCACUGUCGGGUUGUCUCUGAAGAGAUCUACAAAAUGAAGACUGGAAUCUUUUUCCUGAUCGCCAUGUGUGUUUUAUUCACAGCAAUCGCAUCAUCAGCCCAGAAUCCAUCUGCAAGCCUCAAGCCCGCAGCUGAGGUUACUUUAGCCCCAACCAAACCCACCACAACUACACCCAAACCCACCACAACUAAACCCAAACCCACCACGACUACACCCAAACCCACCACAACUACACCCAAACCCACCACAAAACCACCCAAACCCACCACGACUACACCCAAACCCACCACAACUACACCCAAACCCAAACCCACCACAACUACACCCAAACCCAAACCCACCACAACUACACCCAAACCCACCACACCCAAACCCACCACAACUACACCCAAACCAACUCCUGUACCAGGCCCAACUCCUCCCACCAAUACCACUAUGGGCAACUACAACUACACAGAAGGAGGAACGCUUUACGUCAUGGCCCAGAUGGCUCUUCAGAUCAGAGUGAAUGACAGCAAGGCUGGAGGUGUGUUCACUCUCCAACCAGUGAAGACCACACCAAGUGCUGUCAUUGCUAAGGACUCCGUGAGCUUUACCCUAAAAUUCAAAGAGGGCCGCAUUGUGUUUGACUUCACAAGGAACACCACCUCAAAGGCUGUCUACGUCAAAUCUUUGGACCUGAGCCUGAACUAUGCUUUCAUCAAAGGAGUCAAGAAGUUGUACACUGCCAAGAAUGGAUCAGUAGAGCUCUUCAAGGCAGCCAUUGGCCACUCCUACGUCUGUCGAAAUGAGUCCAUCUUUCUGGGAAAUCAGAUAUACUUGGACGUGACCCAGGACAAGGUCCAGGCCUUCAACUUCACUGCGAAAAACCAAUUUGGCCCGAUUGACCCGUGCAAGGCCGACAAGCAAGACUACACUGUCGCCAUUGCCGUGGGCAUUGUGCUUCUCAUCCUCAUCAUCAUUGUGAUCCUGGCUUAUGCCUGUAGCCGACGGCGCAGGAGUGACGGCUACCAGUCCCUCUGAGGCACCCAGAUGGGCACAGGAUGCCAGCAGCCUCCGUCUGUGGCACAUCAGUCAUCCUCUCAGUCGUAUCCAUAAUGUCAAGCAGUCAUUUUGCAUUUGGGUUUGGAUGUAGUAUUUUGUAUUCUAGGCAGUUUACAGCCUUGUUUCUUUGUGCACUGUGUUCAUAACUGAUGUCUUUUUGGUGUUAUCGUGCCCUUGUAAUAUACUGUAUAGGGGGAAGGGCAUUGUCCUCUUACAGCACUGACCAUUUUUGUCUAUUUUCUUCAGCUGGAUGAUUAAGAAUGAAUCAAAAAAGUAAUGUCUGUUGCUCACAUUCUGCAAAGGGAAUCAAGAUAUGCCUCAAUUUAGAAGCUCUUACAUGGAUUGUCUAAAUGUAAAAUUGAAACAAAAAUUCACUUGAAGAAAGGGAAAUUGUGUAAUGAGGAAUAAUCCAAGCUAGUUGAAGCACAUUUUAAAAGUUUGAGUCUGUGUAAGGUAAAUGUUUAGGCCGUUCCUCAAAUGUUAUGCAAAUGUAGGCAAUAUAAGGGAAUAUAAGUAUAUACAUGCAUUGUAGGCCUACACACAGGGAAAUUGUUACAAUGUUUUAAAAUGGCAUUUGCAUUUUUGUUGAAAUAAAGAGGGACUGACUUUA